AUGGAAACGGGUGGACAGGAAAGUGGUUUGCCCGGCGCAAGUCAAGGAUCUAGGCCAUCAAAUAAACGCUUGCAGCAAACUCAAGCGCAAGUGGAUGAAGUUGUUGGAAUUAUGAAAGUAAAUGUGGAAAAAGUAUUGGAACGUGAUCAAAAGUUGUCACAGUUAGACGAUCGUGCAGAUGCUCUUCAAGAAGGUGCAUCACAGUUUGAAAAAUCAGCUGCAACCUUGAAGCGUAAGUAUUGGUGGAAGAAUAUCAAAAUGAUCAUUAUUAUGUGCGCUAUUAUGGUCGUACUCAUCAUUAUCAUCAUUGUUUGGGCAGGAAAUAAAUAG